UAUCACUACUUUGAGCAAAGCCACGGUCAUGCCACUAAAAAUCCUAUUUUUCUCGGGAAAAUCCCCACUUGGGAUAGUUUUCUCCGGAAACAAACAGGGCCUCAGGUCCUUCUGUUCUGCAAAUUCAACCGCAGAAAACAUGCACAAUAUCACAGAACUAAUAAGAAACCAACAUUGGUCAAAACUCAGAACCCAUUUCAGUAGCACUAGCCCCAAAACACUUCUUCAACAACUUAUCAAUUCUGAAGCUGAUCCAGAUCUCGUUCUCAGGUACUUUAAUUGGUCAACAAAAGAGCUUAAACUUUUCCACCCUUUAGAGCUCACUUGUAGACUAUUACAGUCACUAGCAGCUGCGAAAAAGUACUCAAAGAUGAGAAAUUUUUUGCAUCGGUUUGUUCAAAAUGAGAGCUUUCAUUCUGUUCCUUCGAUUUUCCAUGCGGUUUCUGUGAGUAACGAUAGUUUGUGUAUAAAUUCAAUCAUUGUUGAUAUGUUGGUGUUGGCUUAUGCUAAAAAUAUGAAACACAAUCUGGGUCUAGAGGCGUUUAAGAGGGCUGGUGAUUAUGGGCUGAAGUUAUCAGCUCUAUCUUGUAAUCAGUUGUUGAGUCUUUUAGUGAAAAAGGAGAAAUUUGAGGAGGUGGAGUAUGUGUAUAAGGAGAUGAGAAGGAGAAGAAUUGAGUUUAAUUUGAUUAGUUUUAAUAUUGUGAUUAAUGGGUUGUGUAAAUUUGGGAAAUUGAAUAAAGCUAGUGAUGUUAUUGAUGACAUGAAAUUGUUGGGGAUUUCGCCAAAUUCCAUUACUUAUACUACUCUUAUUGAUGGAUAUUGCAAGAAAGGUAAGAUUGGGAAAAUGUAUAAAGCUGAUGCGGUUUUGAAGGACAUGGUGGAGAAUGGAAUUCAACCGAAUGAGAGGACUUUCAAUAUAUUGAUUGAUGGGUUUUGUAAGGAUAAGAAUUUACCGGCAGCUUUGAAGGUGUUUGAGGAAAUGAAAAGUCACGGUGUGACAGCCGGUGUGGUUACAUAUAAUUCUUUGAUCAAUGGCUUAUGUGUUCAUGGGCAGCUUGAUGAGGCUAUUGCUUUGAGGGAUGAAAUGAUGGGCUUGGGUUUGAUGCCAAAUGUUAUUACUUAUAAUGCACUUAUAAAAGGGUUCUGUGAGAAGAAAAUGUUGGACAAAGCUAGGGAGUUGUUUGAUGAUAUUUCAAAACAAGGAAUGGUUCCCACGGUGAUAACAUAUAACACGUUGAUUAAUGCUUACUGUAAGGAUGGGAAAAUGGAGGAUGCAUUUGCAUGGCGUGAUUCUAUGUUAGAUAGAGGGGUGUUGCCAGAUAUUUCAACAUAUAACUGCUUAAUUGGGGGUUUAUGCAGUAAGGGGAAUGUCGAAGAAGCAAGGAAGAUCACAAAUGAGUUAAGAAAUAAGCAUUUGAGAGCUGAUCUUGUAACAUAUAAUAUAUUGAUAGGUGCACUGUGCAAAGAAGGGGAGUCAAAAAAUGCAGCGAAACUCUUGGAUGAGAUGGUCAAGGUGGGUUUGAGUCCAAGUCAUGUGACAUAUAAUACGUUGAUGGAUGGUUAUUGUGGGGAAGGAAACCUUGUCGCUGCAUUGAAUUUGAGAAAACAAAUGGAGAAAGAAAAGAUGCGGCCUAAUAUUGCAACAUAUAAUGUACUGAUAAGGGGCUUCUGUCAGAAGGGCAAGCUACAAGGCGCAAAUGGGCUUCUUAAUGAGUUGUUAGAGAAGGGUUUGAUCCCAAAUCAAACAACCUAUGAGAUAGUUAGAGAGGAAAUGAUGGAGAAAGGCUUUGUUCCAGACAUAGAAGGCCAUCUGUAUAAUGUUUCAGGCACCUUAUAGCUCCUCCUAGAGAGAAAAAAUAAUAAUCAGUGUCACUGUGACAGUGUGACCAUUGUAUUACUUCUUCUCAUGGCCGUACUGGUAAUAAAAAUAUUGAUUAGCCCUUAUGUGUAUACAAGUGGUUUACACACCAACAGAGUCUGAUACACGUGCUUAGCCUGGUUCUUGCUUUUCAUGAAGAUUUGGCUUCUUGUCUCACACAGGAUACUGCAAUUUUGCAUUUCAAGUUUUUGCUUGAUUUAAUGGGGUGUCUUUGCUUGAUUUAAUGGGGUUCCGGCAAGGUUGAGUAGAACGCAUGUUCUGACAUCUUCUGAGUUAUACUGAGGUGAAAAGUUCAAGCCUCUCUCGCCCCCACACAUUGCUAGUUGAAGUCUUCGGAUUUCAAGAACUACCUGCAUUGCAAAUUAUGCAUAAGAGUACAUGGUCUGUGAUGUUUCUCCAUAGAUAUAUGUAAAAUGAUUUACAGAAGGAUCCAUAUGUCAACCUCUGCUUCGAAAGAUGAUCAUAAACAUGAAUGCAAGAUCGAGGAACAAUGAAGGAAGAAUCGAGAAGCUGCUCGGCAGUGGAGAAUGGCAAAACAGAACAAUAUCAUCAACCUGGCAAAGGAAAUCACCUUCCGGGAAGUUGAAAAUCCUGGAAUAAAGAGUCGGAUUAAUUUGAUGGAGCAGAAGUACAAUGACCUAAUCAGAGAAAGUAUGAGUUGGAUGCUGAGAAGAUCAUGUUGAUGCAAAUGUUGAAGGAUGCAGAUUUGCAAUUCUAUAUACAUACCCUAAUAAAUUAACACCUGCAUUCUUCUAGUUUCAUGUACAGUCAGUUCUAUUCCUUCAUACACAAUGAAAGCUUUUCAUACUUUCUUGAUAUUGGUAAUGGUAGUUUGUGUUAUCUAUUACCAGA